GAGGGGCAUCAGUUUGUCUUCUCAGUCUCACUGAAACUUGAAAAUGUCUGGACGUGGAAAGGGAGGAAAGGGACUCGGAAAAGGAGGCGCCAAGCGUCACCGUAAAGUCCUCCGUGAUAACAUCCAGGGAAUCACCAAGCCCGCCAUCCGCCGUCUGGCUCGCCGUGGCGGAGUCAAGCGUAUCUCCGGCCUCAUCUACGAGGAGACCCGUGGGGUGCUCAAGGUGUUCCUGGAGAAUGUCAUCCGUGAUGCCGUCACCUACACCGAGCACGCCAAGAGGAAGACCGUCACCGCCAUGGAUGUGGUGUACGCCCUGAAGAGACAGGGUCGCACUCUGUACGGCUUCGGCGGUUAAACAAGACCUCACUUCAACAACAACAACGAAAACCAACGGCUCUUUUAAGAGCCACC